UUAGAGGGCGCUGUCGACCAAACAGAGUCGAAGUUACGAGCAUGGAGCCGGUUUGUGAUGCUUUUUAUCCAAUUGAUGGAAUAUACGAAGAACUAUCCGUCUCGCUUAAAAGAAAAGUAGAUAAUACGCAGAAUGUUACCACCACAGAGGUGAUGUCAAUCAGUGAACUAGACUGGAGUGACUAUAUGCUAGUUUUGCCAUCAGUUUCAUUUGGCAAUGUUGGGCAGAUGGCAGUGGACCUUCUCAUUUCAACAUUUCCAGUAAAGAAAGUCGGAUACAUGGAGCACGAGGCUUUACUCCCCAUAGUGGGUGCAGACCCAUACACAAAUUCAUCUCAGCUGUCAACCAGUUGUGAAGUGUACGUGGCAGUUGAAAAGCAACUUGUGAUCAUACAACAGAGGUCACCAUUUGUAAAGAGAAAGAAAUCUGACUACCUGAAGCAGUUGAGAUCAUGGAUAAAGUUAUGGAAUUUCAGAAAUGUUGUGAUGUUGUCCAGCUUGAAUGCUUUCUACAGGAACGAUGCACAGUUAUUAGGGUCACAGUACCGGUACAUCUGCAACAAGCAUAGUGAGAACCAAUGUGAGCAGCAGUUGUCAGCCAACGGGUGGAAGCAGCUGGAGCUGAGGAAGGACUAUGCGGACCACCCCAAUGACACCUUCUACAUGCCAGGAGGAGGGAUCACGAAACUGUUCAUGAACUUAUGCAAUGAAGGCGAUGUCCCUCUGGUAGUGUUAUUCGUCUUUUGCUCUGAGGGUGACAACACAGGGGACGCAUUUGGUCUAGUGGACCAACUUAACCAAUGGCUGCAGUUAGUAGACAAGCCAAAUCUAUGGAGUAUACCACCAUCGUGGAGACUGCUAUUUGGAAGACCCGUGCCACAGCUUUUCUGAUUUUUGGAUGGGUUAUGCAGCGAAAUUGAGAAAAACAACAAAGACAUGCAAAUAUUUCUCAUCUUAUAUUAUAAGUAUGCUGGAACAGACCGACUGGUAUUUAGCUACACCUCGGCACUAACUUGACUGUUGGCGGCUAUUGUCUUUAUACAUUCAUAAAACAAUCGUGCGUACAUGUAUGCUUUUCAAUCUAAUUCAGUGGUCACAAUACUUCAUAUCUGCGAUAAUUGUCAAUCAUGUAUAAAAAACAUUAUUUAAUUAC